UGUCCUAGAAGCGAUUUGCUGUUCCGUGGUUGGGAGUGCAAUAGGUCUGAUUGAAAAUAAGCGGCGCUGCUGCCUCCGUGCGCUCCAGCGUAUGUGGAGAGGAGCAGUUUUCCGUGUCUUUGCACGGUGUCUGUAUUGCCGUCGUUACGCGGCAAUGGGACCCUAAAGCCAUCUAACUGACACUAUUUUAAACAAGAGUGAAGGGUGAACAUAAACAAGACACGAAGAAGACAGCAGUACGUCAACUUGCCAUGGAGAAGCGCAGAGGAGGAGGAAUAUAACGUGAACAGACAGAAAACUUGAAGGAUUUACCACUUGUUUUGAACACUGACUUUAAAAGGGAUUGCAAUUCCGGAUUUUUCUGAUAUCUUGUUGUGCAGAACAUUAGCCUACACAUCGUUGCAAUGAAUGGAAAGGUGGUUUACACGGGAUGCUGGAGACUGCCAGCGCUCGCUUUCGUUGUGAUUCUACACUUGAUUCCAUUGUUUGCACAUGGGAAUUCCAUCGGAGCAAAUGUGACUGUGUCACCGGACACCGCUGUGAACGUGACCUUACCGCUCAGCGGGGACGAGGGCGAGAAGAUGGCAGAUCUCACCAGGGUGGUUGAUGCUGACAGCCAGAGGGCCGGACGCAAGCCAAGAGAUGGAGAGGGCGCUGGGAGCGGCAUGAUGGGAGGAGAGGGCUUCCCUGUGGCCGGCGAGGAGGAGACCGGAGCUGGGGGCCGCCAUGCACUCAGUCCAGACUCGGCGGAGACGGACCACCUGCUGCCCCACUCCCCCGGAAACACCCAGCAGGAGCUGCUUGAGGAGGACGAAGACGAGGGCCGCAAGCUGGCCAUGCCCACCGAUGCACCCUGGCAGAGUGCCAAGGGGGCCCUGGAAACCACCGUGUUCGACCUGGACCGGGAGUUCACCCCCACCACCACCCAGUCACCCGUCGUGCGCCUUUCCAACUCCGACACCCUCACUGUGGACUUCAUGGACUCUGAUUCGCGUGACCUUGAGACUCCUGCCCCAUCCGCCCAUGAGCUGCAAGGUCGUGACCCCACGUCCUGGACCAUGCCUGACAACUACGACUACCUCACCCCAUACGACGACAGCAUCUCCCCCUCCCCCGACGAGUACUCCGACACCACCACCACCGACCUCUAUGACGACGACAUCACCACCACCCCACCUCCUCGUCCCUACCGGCCCCGCAUCCCCAUCCCUGGUCUCCUGGCCCCCGAUGGCCCCCUCACCAGCGGGGCUGGAGCCGAGGACCCCGCCCCUCCCCCCGGGGUCGCCGACGGCACCAACGGGUCCGACUGCCGCAACGGGAGCUGCAAGUCGCCCUGUGAUCAGCUUCCCAACUACUGCUCCAACGGAGGCCAGUGCUUCUUCGUUGAUGGAACUGGACCUUUCUGCAGGUGCAACGUGCAGGAGUACGUGUGGAACAAGGGUGCGCGAUGCGAGUCGGUCAUCACGGAGUUCCAGGUGAUGUGCAUCGCCAUCGGCGCCUCUGCAGUCAUGCUGCUGCUGCUCUUCAUGAUCAUCGUCUGCUUCGCCAAGCAGCUGCACGUCCUCAAGACUGAGAACAACAAGCUGCGCAAGCGCAGUAAGUACCGUCCUUCCUCGGAGCAGCACAAUGAUAAUUUCUCGUUGUCCACCAUCGCUGAGGGCUCCCACCCAAAUGUAAGGAAACUGUGCGACACUCCUCCUAACCUUCCUCAUGCCCGUGCUUUGGCUUACUAUGAUAACAUUAUCUGUCAGGAUGAUCCUCAUGCCCAGAACAAGCUGGAGGACUCCGUGAAGGCCCCCCCUCCCAAGGAGGACGAAUCGCUGAACAUCCAGAACUCUCUCACCCCCAAGCAAGAGAACCACAAGGGUCUCGGCGAUGAGAACUCCUCGGAGGUAAACUCGCUGCAGAACAACAUGAUGUAGAGCAGAAAAAUAAAGCAAACGAAAAACAACAACAACAACAACAACAGCACUCAACCACUGCCACCCCAAUUCUCGACCGACACCCUACCCCCCCCCCCCCCCCCCCCCAAACCUCCACCCUCAACAACAGCAACUACAACCAGCCCUCAGGCAAACGACACUGCAGCUACAGUACUGUCACCACCAAUACCAACACCACAAACAAAUAACGCUAUACCCUCCAAACUUUCAACCGCCAGCUCAGACCCCCACCCCCCGCCUCACCCCUUGACCCCCACUCAGACUCUGCAUCGCAGCCACCCACCCGCCCCCCCCCCCACACCCCACCCUUGUCGUAGUCUCUUUUUUUGCUCCUGUAGACCAGUCUUUAACCUUUACACACAUAUACACAUAAUCACACAAACACACACCUACACACACACACACACACACCUACACACACCACACACACACCUUCCCCUGCCUUACUGAAUACUGGCAUGCGUUGGUGUAUUUUGUAAAAAGUUAAACAAAAAAAUUACAUAUAUACGGGGUCUAAGAUAAAACAUUGUCAUAAAUAGGAAAAAAAGAAAAAAGCUACUGAGAGGUUUUGAUGUUUGUCUGACUAAUUCAGUGAGUAUGUAUAAAUAUAUGAAAAAAAAAUGCUUGGAUUGAUAUUAAGGUUAAAAAACACAAUGUGUCUUCGUUUUCAUUGAUGUGAUUUCUAAUCCUUUGAUGUACUUGUUUUAUUUUGUACUUUUUUGGGAAUACCGACUUUAAAGAGAAAAAUCAGUCCGUUGUUGAAAUAAACCUUUUUAACAUUAAAA